AUGUUUCAAGCUAUUGACGAAAUGAUGUGCAGAUUCACCAUCAAGUACAUCGAUGGAUGGACACCUUCAUUUAUAUCACAAAGUGAUCAACUGCUUAUGACCCUCAUGAAACUUACCAUGAACAUGCCACUCUUAGAUCUUGCCGAGAGGUUCAACACAAGUGCAUCCUCAGUGAACAAUAUUGUAACUUCACAGAUCUGUGCAAUGCAUGAAGUUUUGUAUGAGGGGUUAAUAGAAAAUAACAUUCCGACUUUGCAAAAAUGCAAAGGCUCAAUGCCAACAAGUUUUGGCGAUUUCAGUGCAUGUCGCAUUGUGCUUGAUGCCACUGAAAUUACACAGGAUGUUCCUGGUAAUGACAUGAGGCUACAAGCUAGUACCUACAGUGGGUAUAAAAAUUCCCACACAGUUAAAAGUGUCACUGGUGUUGCCCCAAAUGGUGCACUAGUUUUUGCAAGUAAAUUGUAUCCAGGAAGUACUUCAGAUGUAGCGAUUGUUGAGCAUUGUGGACUUAUGCACCAACUGUCUCCUGGUGAUAUGAUUCUUGCAGAUAAAGGGUUCACAAUACAUAAACUCUUGCCACAAGGUGUGCAUCUUAAUAUACCACCCUUUUUGACAGCAAAGUCUCAGUACACCCCUGCUGAAGUCCAGCUCUGUAGAAAAAUUGCAAGAUCUAGAAUUCACGUUGAACGUGCUAAUGAAAGAAUAAAAAAUUAUGAAAUACUGAGACACAUCCCACACCAGCUCAGAUAUAUAAGUACAAAAAUCUUCCAGUUAUGUUGUGUGUUGGUAAAUUUCCAAGACCCUUUGUUGCAGGAAAUUGCUCAGAAUUUUGUACCAGAAAAUAACUGA